AUGAUGGCCACUUUGUUGGUAGUAACAUUUAUAAUUGGAUUUGUUAUCAUACGAUUGUUGAGUAAAACGAAUGGCCAGAAAAAUGACGAUAAUAAUAAUCAACAACAACAAAAUGAUUGUGAUUCACAGCUAAAAUUUAUCCAUUUAGAUUAUCUACCAACUAGAAAUUUUUCACUAUGUCCAUAUGAAUUGAAUGGUGGUAAGAAAAAAUCCAAAUCCAUUGUAAUCAUUUUUGCGUGGCUAUUUGCACAGGAUCGUCAUCUAAAUAAAUAUCGUAAAUUAUAUCUUGAACUUGGCUACAAUGUAUUGACAAUACGUACUGGUUUAAUGCAAUUAUUAUUUCCACCAUUUGGUACACAACAAAUUAUGGCACAAUUAAUACAAUUUAUGCGUAUGAAUCAAGAUCAAUAUGAUACAUAUAUAAGUCAUGCAUUUUCUGUUGGUGUUUAUGUUAUGGGUGAAUGUUUAGUACUAUUGAAUGGUCAAUCUAAUCAAGAUGUACGAAAUAUAUUUCAACAACGAAUGAAAGGUGUCAUUAUUGAUUCAGCUGUCGAUGUGAAUGAAGGUCCAAUUGGAUUGGCCAAAGCAACAACAUCGAAUACAUUAUUACAGAUUGUAAUCAUUGUAUUGAUACGAUUAUAUUAUAUAAUCAAUUAUCCAUUGGCCACUAGACAUUAUUUAGAAUCAUCAAAACAGAUACACAUUAAUCCAAUCGAUUGUCCAUCAUUGGCAUUCAUAUCUAAAGAUGAUCCAAUGGUCAAUUAUGAUGAUCAUAUAAAAACAUUUGAAAAACAUCGUAAUAAUGGUCUUAUUGCUAUGAUAAAAUCUUGGGAUCAAUCACCACAUGUUGCACAUUAUGUUAAAUAUCACGAAUAUCGAUCAACAUUGAUAAAAUUUCUUGAUCAAAUAAUGUCUAAUGAUGAUGAUGAUGAUGUUUUAAUCAAUUAAAAAGUAAAAUCAUUUAAUGCAUUUGAAGGUCAUUGAUGAUGAUAGUUAAUUAUUAUGAAUUAAAUAAUUUAUGAGAGAAAAAAAAUGAUUAUUUCAUUGA